CGGUCACGUGAGGCUAUGUGCGUACGCGGCGGAGUUGGGUGUGAAGAUGGCGGACGAGGAGGCCGAACAUGAUCGUAGCGCACAGAGCGGCGCCAGCGCGGCGGUGGCGGCUCUCGGAGGGCGGCUGCAGGGGCUGGCCGCUGCGCUGAAGAGCAGCACGCAGUCGCCGGUGCAGUCCGCAUCCCAAUACUGCCAGGAGUUCUGCCAGACGCUGCUGGAGUACGCAAGCCGAUGGCGGAUGGAGGAGGACCCACUGCCCCUGGUGCAGGUGUACACCACGGCCCUCGUGAGCUACGCCCGUGCCGCGGCCUGCCUCUCCAUGCAGUGCGAGAACGUUCAGCUGGUUCUUGAGCGCCUCACGCUGAGCUGCGUGGAGCUGCUGCUUUCGCUGCCGGAGCCCGUGCCCGUCGCCCUGUGGAAGGACGUCCAAGUCUCUGUGCAGGCAGCGGACGGUCUGCUGCAGCAGAGUGGCGUCUCGCAGCUGCGCAUGCUGUCCGUGCUGGCGCAGGAGAGUGGCCCAUGGACCAAUGCCACGCUGCAGAGCAUCGUGUCCAAGGAGGCGCCUGAAACAAGCAAAGUCCAAGAGCUUCUAGCAGCAGAGGGUCCUGUGCUGCUGGAAAUGCGGGUGAAGCACCUCGUGAAGGAGAACCGCAUGGAAAUGGCUGCCCUGCUGGCCAAGGUGUGCGCUGAAUACCCCGGGUUCGAGGGGAAGGGCCACUUCAAACAGACCUACCUGGUCUGUCUGUGCGCCGUGGCCUCGCGGGACCAGCUGAUGCAGGAGCUCUCCCAGGUGGACUGCAGGGAUGCUUUGGAGAUGAUCUGUAACCUGGAGUCAGAGGGGGACGAGAAGGGAGCCCUGGGCCUUUGCUCUGCCUUCCUCAUGAGGCAGCUCCUCCAGGGAGACAUGUACUGUGCUUGGGAGCUCACACUCUUCUGGAGCAAGCUGCUGAAACGCCUGGAAUUGUCAGCACAGGCGUUCCUGGAGAGAUGUCGUCAGAUGUCCCUGCUCUCCAAGACCGUGUACCACAUCCUCUUUCUCAUCAAGGUCAUCCAGUCAGAGCUGGAGGAUGUGGGCCUGCCCGUGUGCAUUGAGAUGUGCAUAAGAGCCCUGCAGAUGGAGUCUGGGGAAAGCGGAAACACUAAGGCAACUAUUUGCAAGACUAUUUCCUGCUUGUUGCCCUCUGACUUGGAAGUUAAGCGGGCAUGCCAGCUAACGGAGUUCCUCCUGGAGCCUACAGUGGACUCCUAUUAUGCUGUGGAGACUCUGUACAAUGAGCCGGACCAGAAGUUUGAGGAAGAAAAUCUGCCGGUUCCUAAUUCACUGCGCUGUGAGCUUCUACUAGUGUUCAAAAGGCAGUGGCCUUUUGAUCCAGAAUUCUGGGACUGGAAAACCCUCAAGCGCCACUGUUUAGCUUUGAUGGGAGAGGAGGCAUCCAUCGUGUCAUCGAUCGACGAGCUGAACGACAGUGAGAACCCGGAAGGGCUCGAGGAAGAUGAGAUGGGCAAAGGUCUGGAGCUCAAAGAUCAGAUGGAGUGUUUCUGGGAUACAACAAAUGAGCUCAAUGAAAUGACUGAUGAAAGGAAGAAGAAGAGGGAAAUUAAAAAGCUGAGAGAGAAGGGUUUUAUCUCUGCCCGGUUCAGAAAUUGGCAGGCCUACAUGCAGUACUGUGUCUUGUGCGACAAAGAGUUUCUCGGUCACCGUAUCGUGCGACACGCACAGACGCACGUCAAAGACGGGGUUUACAGCUGCCCCAUAUGUGCGGAAUCCUUCGACAAUAAGGACGUGCUGGUGCCGCACGUGGCGUCGCACGUGAAACAGUCUUGCAAAGAGCGACUUGCUGCUAUGAAAACUAGCAGGAAAUUGGCCAACGCCUCAAAAAUGGCAGCGGCCAAUGCCACCGCGCAAAAAGAGCGAUUGCUUGAAAGCCAGCUCUGCAAGCCGAAGUCAAAAGAAGUCUCGGAUCAUGUGAACUCUUCACAUUGUAAUAAUGCUGACGCUCCAGUGUUGGACAAAGAUGAGCUGUCCACUGUCAGAACAGAUAACGUGGAGGAGUACUCUUGUCCCGUGGCAAAUUGUCGGAAAGGCUUUAAGUACUUCAGAAACCUGAUAGCCCAUGUGAAGGCGCAUGAAAACAAUGACGAGGCCAAGCGGUUUCUCGAGAUGCAAAGCAAGAAGGUGGUUUGCCAGUACUGCCGUCGGCAGUUUGUCAGCGUCACCCACCUGAACGAUCACCUGCAAGUGCACUGCGGUGUCAGGCCGUAUAUUUGCAUACAGCUGAACUGCAAAGCCAGCUUCCUCUCCAACGCUGAGCUUCUCUUGCACCGGAAAGAACACGCGGUGUUUAAGGCCAAGUGCAUGUUUCCAAACUGCGGAAGGGUGUUUCAUGAAGCGUACAUGCUUUAUGAUCACGAAGCCCAACAUUACAAGACGUUCACUUGCAGAGAGCCUGGCUGUAGUAAAAUUUUCCACUCGCAGACGCAGCUGGAUUUGCAUCAGGAGGAUCACGUGGUGAAGGAGGAAGACAUUGCAACCAAGGACCAAACUCUGACUGAACUAGCAGAACUCCCACUUCUCUCUGUCAAACAGGAACCAAACAAUUCCUCGUUCGAACAGGGAGCAGACUUCUCUGUAUCUGAUGACGUACCCAUUGAACAGAAAUCCUUCCCUCAAUGUCAAGCUGGACAGAGUACUCUGAGCACACCUGUAGAUAAUCUGUCUCUCCCAGUUCCAGUGAAAGUAAAGCACUCUGUUGAGAGCAUGCUCAACACCGAACUGGGUGUUCCUCCUGUGCCAGGAUCUGACUGCGAAGAAUCUUUCCAGAAUGACCCAUCUGCAUUGGCCCAGCCACAGUUCUCAUCAACAUGCACAGACACCUUUCCGAUUGGUUCGCCUGCUGCCCUUUGCUUGUCUGAGCCGAAUCAGCCGAGGGUUGCAGAUUCUGCGACCCUUCCUCUCCACGCUGAUCCGGGGCAAAUGAUUACUCCAGCUCUGUUGCCUGUUCCAUACCAGGGAGUUUUACAGGACUCAAAUGCACCUUCACGCCUGGAUAUUCUGCAGGGUACAAUGCAGUCUUUUCCCUGUCACAAUCAGGGCUGUCUUCAAAAAGACAUGAAUGAUGUAAGGGAUGAAAGUAAAGGAUCAAUAUCAGUACCAUGUCCAGGACUGUUUGUAAACAAUAACCUGCCAACGGAGCAAUCCCCACACUGCAUAUCGGCCGUGAUGCCUGGCAUUCACACAUCUGCUGGCUCUCAGGCAGGUCCCCCACCAACUGCCCCUCUGACGGUAUAUGGAGGUGGAACCACAAGCACAGUCGCUCCAUCUACAUGCCUGGGCAAUCCAGUUCCACCUGAAGGAGCUACGCAACCAAAAGAGAGACACAACUGUGCUUUCGAGUCAUGCACCAGGAACUACAGCUCCUACAGAAGUGUCACCAAGCACAUGAAAGCAGCGCAUCCUGAGUUCUAUGCAGACUGGAAGUUGGCAAAGAAAAAUAAUCGGAUCCCCAAGACUGUGAUACACAGUGUGUCUGUGGGUAGAAAUCUGAACUCUGUGGCACCCUCGCAGGACCGAAGGCUCAGCAGUGCCCCCGUAUCUGUGGUCCAGAUGCAGAUGCAGAACACCGUCAGCCAGUCUCUGCCCUAUUCUGCAGCUUGUCCAGAUCCUGCUGGCUCCAACACGUCCAUCUCGCUCUCGGACGCCGGCGCGAAUAUGACUCUGCCAAACCAAAUGGGAAAUAUCUUAAACCCAAUAUUGCUGUCCCAGUUAGGAAACUCUCAGAACCAGUCUGGGUCAGUACCGCCACAUGUUGGGCUUAGUACUCCCUGGCCCUCACAGUCUGGGAACAAUCCGGACGUUUCCCAACCAGUAGUAUGCCCUUCUCAUAUGUUGUCCUCACACAUUCAUGGUCUUCCUAAUCCGCCUUAUACUUCCCAGAUGAACACAUCUAAUGUUGGACCCCAGCCAGCAGAGAUGGGUCAGCCUGCCCUGCAAGCAGUGCACACUGUGACUGGUAAUCCAUUCUUGCAGUCACAGGUGGAAAGCAGUACAGCAUUGCCAGAAGGUACUCCAGGGGACAGUUUACAUACUCCCUGUGUUUCCAGUUUUGUUCCUAACAUUACCCAAGGUACACCAGCACAGAUGGGUACAGCACAAAUCCAAAACCAAGGAUUUGGUCACACUAGUCAGAUCGUGCCCUCUAAUUCAAAGGGAAUGACUAAUCCAAUGUUGACAUCAGCAAUGGAGAGCCUUCCACGUUCUGUCAUGCCUUCUUAUAUGGAGGAUAUUAAGGAUGCUGUGAUAUCAGAAUCUGUAGAAAAUUCGGGCCCUCUGUACCCACCACAGAUACAAAACACGGCAUUUUCCGACUUCAAACCCCCAGAAAGGAUUGUUAAUGUGCAGAUGAAGAAUAAUGUGAACUCGGAUUUUGCCUCUGAAGGAAAUUCGACGCUGCAAGCAUCGCCUGACCAAGGGCCAGCGCAUAACAGCAAUGCGUUACCAUCCAAUGGUGAUGGCCUGGUAGUGAAACGAACCAAGCGGAACAAAAGAGCAAAGUGGCCUGCCAUUAUAAAAGAUGGAAAGUUCAUCUGUUGCCGGUGUUUCAGGGAGUUCUCCAGCCCGAAAUCACUCGGAGGUCACUUGUCAAAGCGUUCUCAUUGCAAAGCCUUUGAUGAAACUGACCUUUCUACGGAUCUGCCCGCAUCAUUUCUUGAUCUUCUUAAUUCACCACAUGUUUUAAACACUGCACAGCAACCAGUGGCUUCAAAUUUUAACCCUGCAAUGACUUUCAAAGACCAGACUAAUCAGCCACUGGACAGGUGCUCAUUAGACUCGAGGUUUUUCCCUAAUGUGACAUUCCCCCAAGCCAAUGGCUCGGCUUAUUCUAGUUCCGAUGGGCAAAACGGUGAUGUCCUGAAGCAAGUUAUUGAUAAUCCGACAAUCCAAGACCUCUUCGAAACCUCUGGAAUUCCACGGACGUUCCAGAAUCCUUGUGUCUCUUACGCUCCCGAUGGUCGUUUGCCAGAAAGCACAGUCAUUCAGCACACUGGCAAUAUUCCAGUCAAGACAAAAAAUGAACCGGACGGAGAAGAUUUUAUCAAGCAAGAAGCAGACUGUAGGUUUGGAGGUCAUGACUUUUCUGACUCUGUCCUUUCUGAGAUAAUGGCAGAGAACAAUUCUGCUGUUUCACUGAGCAGUCUUCCAACAGAUCACCUAAAUCAGAUACUCAGAGCAGAGACUAUGAUGAAGAUGAGAGAAAAUAAGGGGAAUGAAGAUUCCCAGCAGGAAGGGAUAUCAAAUGAUGGUCUCUUGGCAGCAAUGGCCAGUUUGGCACAAAACCUUAUGACAAAUCCAUUGUUGCAGAUAACCUCAUCUGACUCCAGCGAGCACACACUGACACCAGUCAGCCCUCAAGAUGAUGUAGAGAAGAAACAGUCCGAGCAGAAUGUCAAGAAGAAACUUCGUGAACAAAUUUUAGCAGGGGACCUUCUCAGAAGGGGCAGUUUGUCUCGACCCUCUGGUGCUGAUGUGAAUGCCAGUCCAAGAAACCUAAGUCUGCAGAACCCUGUCCCCCAAACUUUGGAUGACCAGCAAAGUUCAGAGUCCUCAAAAGUGGUUCAGGUGAUGCCUAAUGGGAACCUCAGGUCUGAGGUGAACAGCAUUGGAAUGGUGACUGAGGCCUCUUCUAAGAAUUUUGGGAGCUUAUCAAAGUUAAGUGCGAGUCAGCAGGGAAGGACUCCUUUAGUUCCACCAGAGGCUCCAGCUACAGCAGCCUCUGUGAUAAAUGACACGGACACUGGUCCUCUCUUGUCCGCAGUUGUAGAUGAAACAGUCAUGGAAAUUCAAAGAGCUUUAGAGAAAUUAGAUUUAGACAAGGAGGUUAGUGAGAACACCCAAGCAACAAAAAUCUGUCCCCCUGUUAUGAACCCUAGUUUAAACAGCAUAGUUGUAAAUAAUACUGAUUCUGUGAAGCCAAACAUCACUGUAGCCCUAGAUGAAUGUUUGAAACCAUUCGUUUGUGAAAACGAGGGCUGCAAGUACAGAGCUAUGACAAAAGAUGCUCUCUUCAAACACCUUUCAAAAACACACAAUUACACCGGCGAGAUGAUCAAUGAAAUCAAGAAAAAUCACGGUAAAUUCGCCCCAUUUCGCUGCCAGAUGUGCAAUAAGACAUUCACCCGAAAUUCAAAUCUUAGAGCCCAUUGUCAGACCGUUCACAGCUUGUCUCAAGAUGAAAUGAUCAGGCUGAGAAUAAAGCGACAGUGCAACAAAAAGCCUGAGAUACAAGUCAGUAAUGACCAGGUCAGUGGAGAGAAGAACAAUCUCCUGUUCACUGCAGUAGGCCAUAGAAAGCUUAAUGAAAGCUUCGUAAAACAACAUUUGCCUACAGAUGCUGGGCAGAACAGCUCAGAUGCUAUAUUGACGCAAAAUACGAUCGACGCGCAAAAAAGAGCAAGCCAAGAACACCAUCCGAAGUCUUUUGAGGUGAAGCCAGCUUGUUCCUUAGCUACUCCAGAAUCUCAUCAAGAUAAUGGUCUCCCAAUUGGACUACCAGUUCAGCCUGCGCAUAGUGUACCUGUUUGUAAUCAGACAGAGGUGGAGAAGGCUUCACCGGCCACGGUUAUGACCAGACAUCCCUCGGAGGGGCACGUUGCUACAGUUGAUAGUGUCGUAGCGCCCCAGCCUCCGAAUGCAUUAUAUCCAUCUGUCCCCACUUUGCAUGCCAAGCAACAGGUAGAGCCGCCUGCCCAGAUUUUACCAGCUGGGGCUUCUUUUGCACUUGGAGUCUCUGGGCCUCCCCAAGGAGAUUCUCUGCAGCUUGCAAUACAGUCUCCAGACAAGGGGUUUAAUGCAAUGAAGCCAAAACUGGUCAAAGUUAAAGUUGAAACCCCCAAGAAGAUUAAAGAGAAGAAGGAGCGAAAACCAGCAGUAAAGAAUGGUGAGGUAGAUGACAACUUCAGCCCUUACAGACCUUACCGUUGCGUUCACCAGGGAUGUAUGGCAGCGUUCACCAUUCAGCAUAACUUAAUCCUCCACUAUAAGGCUGUACAUCAGUCUGCUUUGCCUAAAUUCGAAGUCAGCAAUGAUGAUGAACAUGAUGACCCAUCUGAAGAUCACAAAGAAGACUCUGAGGUUGUUCAAGUGAGUGAAUUCAGAUGUCAGGUUAAAGACUGCUCACGGAUAUUCCAAGAAGUGACAAGCUUAUUGCAACAUUAUCUCCAGCUUCACAAAUUCACCCUUGAUAAAGCGGGCGGCCUGAUUUCCAACAUAAAUCUGGGUAGGUUCCAGUGCGAUCAGCCCGAGUGUACCGCAUUUUUCACUGCUUUCUGGAAGUACAUUGCCCACAUCGAAGAAGCUCACAAGGAGACAAAGUUACCCAAGGUAGAAGCCGUUGAGGGAUUAUUCCGAUGUGAGGUCGAAGGUUGCGACCGUGGCUAUGCUACACGAUCUAACCUGCUGCGUCAUACCAUGAAGAAACACCAGGACCUUUACAAACUUCAGCUGAUGACACAACGAAAGAAUCAGGAUAGAGAGAGACAGAUCACAAAGAAAUCCCAGCCUGGAGUUGAUCAAACUAACGACGGGAAAGAAAAUAUGCAAAACAACCAAAAAUCUAUUCAAAAAGGAAACGACAAAAAACGAAAUGAUGACGUAAAGAAUAAUCACUGGACAAAGUAUGGAAAGCCCUCUUUGAAGUCCAAAGAGGAAGCCACUGCAAUGUGUACAAAGAAAUUUCCCCUACAAUAUCCCUGCAUGAUAAAGGGCUGUGAAUCUGUUGUGAGCUCAGAACGGAACAUUUUAAGGCACUACAUUCGGCAUGGACUUUCUGAGAGGUACUUAGAGGAGCAGAGAAGCUACUUCAUUUUCUGCAAAAAGUCCUCCCGCUCAAAGUGUUGGUCGCACAGAAGCAGGGCCAAGUUUGAGGAUAGCUCCACUGAGACAUCAGAGAAUGAGGAUGCAGAAGAAACUGGUCCUGACAUGAGCGAGACCGAGAGCUCGAAACCCACCUCUGGCAGGGACGAGACGGCGGAGGACACCGAAAUGUCCGACGCCAAGCAGUCCACAGAUGACAGCUCUGAAACUAAAUCUGUCACGUCAUCAGAGGUAAAGAGAAAGAGGGGGCGGCCUCGCAAGUCCGUCACCGACGAGAUUACACCACUUACUCGUAGGAAGGCUUUAGAGAGGUUAAGGUGCACCCGGAGCAAUCCAGUCAACUAUGCAGGUAAUGGAUCUGACUCAACUUCCUCCUCCAGUACGGUUCCAACCAAUGAGGAGCAACCUGAUCAAAGUAUAUCGCUGAGCUCUUUCAAGCCCAUGGGCUUCGAAGUGUCCUUCCUGAAGUUCUUGGAGGAAUCCACACAAUCUGCUCAUCCUCCGAAAAGGAAAGCUGGCGAGGUCAUUGGCAAGAUCCCUCUGAAACGGGACAGGACUAUUCAGCUGAAAACAGCCACUGUGGUGUGCAAGCGCUCGGAUGCGUACGUGCGGCCGAGAGCCGCGCAAAACUGUAUAGACUUCAGAAACCCCCAAAACCUGACUUCGCUGAGAAACGUGAAGAUCGUGGUGGACAGUGCUUUCUCUCACGUGGCUGACCUUCUGCUCAAGCAGCUUCAGGAAAUGCGACCUUUGGUGAUUCUUCAGAAGUAGACUUUGAGUGUUAACUGACUGGUUGAAUGUCUAUUAUCGAAGCAUAGUACUCAGGAUUAGAACAGUAACCUGCUGCAGACUGGUGUCCAAAAACAAUAAUUCAUUUGAAUAGGUGUAUUUUCCAACACUAAGCAGUAUCAAGCUAUUUGUUAGCCAUUAAGUGUACUACAUGAGCAUUUUAAUUUUUCUAAAUUAAAAUAAAAGCUGAUUUUAAAGUU